AUGUCGCAAUACAUUGGUCGGACCCGCCUGGCCUAUUCUCGUGCAUGGCACCAUGUCGACCUUUCAGCAGAGCCGCGCCCUCUGGGUCGUGUUGCUAGUCAAAUAGCCAUCUGCCUGAUGGGAAAGCACAAACCGAUUUGGGACCCAUCAACGGACUGUGGGGAUUACGUCGUCGUGACGGGAUGUAACGAUUUGUUCGUGACCGGCAACAAGAUGCAGCAAAAGAAAUACUACAGCCACUCCACACGGCCCGGCAGUCUCAAAACGAUCACGAUGGAAAAGAUGAUGGCAAAGUGGGGAGGUGGAGAGAUCCUACGGAGAGCAGUGCGCGGCAUGCUUCCGAAGAAUAGAUUAAGAGAUGACCGAAUGGCGAGGUUGAAAUGUGCGUGUUGCGAUGCGGUUCGGCGAUGCUCCGUUGUACAGGUUAUUGACAGUCUCCCAGGUUUCGAGAGCAAAGCACAUCCAUACAAGCAAAAUCUAAUAAGGCUGGAGGAUACGCAGAGCGCUGUGGAGACAACAGAGGUGAACGAAACUCCAUCACAUGCGCCACAGGCUGUGUCGACUCAGUGA